AUGGCGACCAAAGUCACUUUCAAAACCACGUUCGAGGCGGCCAAGACCAUCGAACCGAUUUUCACUGGCGGCGACAUUUCACAUAAUGCAGACGGGAGUGUGCUUGCAACUUGCGUCGAAGAAGAUGUUCUGAUUGUUGAUAUCAGAUCUGGCAUAGUCUUGUGUCGGAUAGAGGGCGAUGGAGAACCUGUGACCAGUCUCUGCCUGGCUCCCAACAUCUCCCACUUGACCAUCGCUUCCAGAUCGCUCUCAUUCCGCAUAUAUUCUCUAACACCAGUUAAGGGAUCGACAACCCUGGUCGCAGAUCUAGCACGCACACUAAAGCCGCACACCACCCCAGUCGUGUCAUCGGCAAUUGAUGGCACCGGGUCAGUCCUGGCCACUGACGGCGCCGAGGGACAAGUCAAGGUUUGGGACCUCAGAGGAGGCUAUGUAUCGCACACAUUUCACGGUCACGGUGGUGUUGUCUCCGCCUUGAAAUUUUUCCGGUCCAAAUCAACCGGCUCAGCAAGCAGCCAGAAAAGCCGAAAACGAAAGAGUCGAGAUGGAGAACAGAUGGAUGUCGACGAGCCGUCGCCGGUGCAACAGAUAUGUCUCGCAUCAGGUGGAGAAGAUGGCAAGAUUCGAGUGUGGAAUCUGUCUAGCCGAAAAGCUAUCGCCACACUGGAUGCCCAUGUCAGCGUCGUUCGAAGCAUCGACUUCACGGAAGAUCAGCAACUCCUUCUGACGGCCAGUCGUGAUAGGACAAUCAUACUUUGGGAUACCCGGACGUGGAAGCAGACCAGAGUCAUUCCCGCACUGGAAGUCGUCGAGACUGCAGGGUUCCUGGUCGCUGGGAAGUUCUGCUAUGCUGGAGGAGAGCACGGAGCAGUGAGGAUCUGGGAUGUCAGCAAAGGUCGCGAGCUCACAGCAAAGCAAAAGCCCGGGCUUGAAAACGACGCCAUCAUGGCUAUUGUCCCCGUGAUCGAAGACAACACUGUUAUCUCCGUCCAUCAAGAUCAGACAAUGAGAGUCCACGAUAUUACCAAGCUGCAGGAGCUUCAAGUAUCAGAGUCAAUAGGGAGACUGCCAGUGAUUCGGACGAUUUCCGGCAAUUACGAUGAAGUCAUCGAUAUGGCCUGCGUCGGUCCAGAAAGGAGAUUACUAGCUCUUGCUACGAACACAGAAAGUGUCAGAUUGGUGUCAAUCGCCGAAGAUAGCACGCAGGAGGACACUAACUACUCCUCGCCGAGCUCGUUCGGAAACGAUGUUGCGCUUCUGGAAGGCCACGAGGACAUUGUAAUCUGCCUGGACGUGGACUGGUCGGGUCAUUGGCUAGCGACGGGCGCGAAGGACAAUACUGCACGCCUAUGGAGAUUAGAUCCUGCAUCGUCAUCAUACACAUGCUUUGCUGUUUUGGCUGGACACGCAGAGUCCUUGGGCGCGAUUGCUCUACCACGAAGUCCACCCAGUGACGGACCUGCACUGCGGAAUCCAGCAGGACAUCCUCCUGCUUUUCUUUUGACCGGGUCGCAAGACAAGACGAUCAAGCGAUGGGAUACAGCGAAACUGAAGUAUGACCCCUCGGCAACAGAACCGCAAAACAGCGUAAAAGCCUUGUUCACACGAGUCGCGCACGACAAGGACAUCAACGCAAUCGACGUAUCUCCCACAUCAGCACUCUUCGCCUCCGCCUCUCAAGACCGUACAAUCAAAGUCUGGUCACUAGAAGACGGUUCCGUGGCUGGAAUCCUCCGCGGCCACAAGCGCGGCGUCUGGUCAAUCCGCUUCUCUCCAGCUGGAACCCCUCCCAUCCCUCUACCAGACGGUGGUUCAAGCGGCUCCCGCGGCCUCCUGGUCAGCGGCUCGGGCGACCGAACAGUCAAAGUCUGGUCCCUUUCGACAUACACGUGUCUCCAGACGUUCGAGGGACACGGCAACUCAGUCUUGAAGGUCAUUUGGAUCUCGCCGAGCGUGCCACCCCCUCGGGCUGAAGAGUCAGGAGAAGACGCGCCACGACCUGCCCAACAUAACGAGUCGCCGGUGAUCGCCUCCGCCUCAUCCGACACGCUCGUGAAACUCUGGUCGCCCUACUCGGCCACCGACUCCGACCACCUCCUCACCACGCUAGACAACCACACCGAUCGAGUAUGGGCUCUCGUCGCACCGACUUCGUAUCCCGGACCCUCUCAUCCCGCCUCUCACAAAUCCUCCAAGAGAUCCUCAACGCCAACAACACAGACUUACCCUUACCCGCUGAUCUCAGGCGCCGCCGACGCAACCCUGACGUUCUGGCGCGACACCACGCUCGCCACGGCCUCCGCGCUCUCCCACCGCGCCACCCAACGCAUCGAACAAGACCAACUGCUCCAGAACCACAUCUUCACCAAAAACUACCGCGAAGCCAUCACCUUAUCCCUCGCCCUCAACCACCCGGGCCGGCUAUUGCGCGUCUUCCAGGACGUUGUGGAGCAGAGUGGCAACGAAACCAGUGACGAAGAUGGCAUAAGCAUCACGGGCGCGCGAGAAGUCGACGCCGUCCUGGCCAGUCUUGACAGGACGCAAUUAUUCCAGAUGCUCGAGCACGUGCGCGAUUGGAACACAAACGCGCGGACGGCGCCCGUCGCGCAACGCGUCUUGCAUUGUAUCCUCAAAUCGUACCCGAAGGCAACGUUUGUCGAGAUGGCGCGGGAUAAAAGACUCGUCGGGAAUGCGGGCGGCGGAGAUGGCGCCGUUGCCGUUACCGUUACCGGUAGACGAGGAGCCAAGGCCAGAGGAAGUGCAGGCAUGCAAGACCUGGUGAGGGCGUUGGAAGUCUACACGGAGCGGCACUUCAAGAGGAUGGAGGAGCUGAUCGACGAGAGUUACUUGAUAGAGUAUACAUUGAGGGAGAUGGAUGAGGGUUUUGGGCCCGCCAUGGAGUUGAGUAAUGGACAGGAAAAGGGGAAUGGCGUCGACAUGGACAGGGAUGCAGAUGUUAUCAUGGUGUAA